UACCUAUGUCCGCUGCCUGGUGCACAAAGCAGGCCGUCGAGAUUGUGCACCUCCGUCAUGGACAGUGCCGCUGCGGGAGCACGGCUACCGCAUGUCUACCGCACCCCUCGGCUAUAUGAAACGUUCAGUCCACGCACCAUUGCUCAAGGGCUAGCACCGCACCGCGGCUAACCUAUAGCACUCACCGUCCGCGUACUGGCAGUCCCUGUCCAGCCUCACUCGUUCGCUGUCGACUGCUGAUGGGUGUUCCCUCCACGAAGUGAUUUUACCCUCACUUCCAAUCUUCGUUGACGCUUCUGUUCCCUUGCUUGAUUUGUCCAGUCUACUGAUAUGCCUCGUCUGUUUCCCCACCUCGGACGCUCCUCGAAGGAGCACGUCGCUGGCUACGACGCCUAUGAUCCUUAUUACGGCCACCCGGAGCACGGGUAUGGUUAUGACGGUUAUGAGUAUGUACCCGAGCAACGCGAGAGGCCUGCCUGGCGCAAGAUGCUCUCCAAAGGCUCCGGGUCAAGCUCGAACACCAAGGCCUCGAGUACGAGAACGGGAGGAAGAGCAUACUACGGUGAAGGAGAGGUGCCAGGCUUCCAACGCACCGUCUCGCGGUCCCACCAAACACGCUCUCCUCCCGAGAACGGCAUGUACUCCUACCCCGUCCAGGUCCCCCAUUACCCCAACUCGGACGACACUGAGUCGUACGUGAACAUCCCGUCGCGGCCACACAGCCCGGUGCCGAUAGUGCAGCGGGAAAGCUCCUUUACCGAUAUGAACGGCCUGGGGCGGCUGCAAGAAGCAUUCGCAGAUCACGGUACCUAUUAUAGCGCGACGACGCCGACGGUGACGGUGGACCCCACCACGCCCGUACGUGGUUCGCCGAGGAUGCCCCCGCGGCCGCUGCGCGCAGCCGGACCGGUGCAGAUGGGGACGGUGCAUGAGGCUCGACACGAGCCCGUGAUCAUCGACGACUCGAACGGGAGCAUGGAAGGCAUUCGGCCCGAUGUCGAUGUUAUGAGGCCGUCAGGUUCGAAGCACAGGCAUCCCCGCACCCAUCUCGAUCACAGCAGACCGCCUCCACAGGGCAAGGGCAAGGGCAAGGGUCGAAGAAUGGAGGUGGUUACUGGAGGCCCGACUUACUGGGAGCAUCAUCCUGGAGCGCAAGAGUAUCCGCCCGUCGUCGUGGUCGUACAGCGGGGCGCUUACGGCGAGAAGGAUACAUACUACAUCAUUCCGGGAGGUCAACCGGUCAUAUUCGAAGACGACUACGGCAGCGAGAUCACUCGUGUCGGGGAUUUCAGUGGUUACUAUAGACCUCAGCCUCCACACCCUGUCAUCGUCGAGGACGAAUAUGGCCGAGAGAUUUGCCGUGUUGGCUACCAAGACGGUCGCAUCUCCCCAGGGCCGUACUUCGGCAGAGUUAACGUCCAGUAUCUUGGGGGCGACACACGUAGCUACCACCGAAGCCGCUCCUCGCGUCGCGAGCAUUACGACAGGAUGUACGAUGGAGGAUAUGACAGAGGAUAUGCUGGGGAAUACGCGCCCUCGUAUAUCUCGUACCCAUCGCCCGCCUAUGAUGAUUACGCUGAUGGCAGACCAGCCCACCAGUAAGUUAAAUACCUUCGUGACAAACGCUUUCCACUAACUCCAACAAUUCGUGCCAGCCGAAACGGUUCCUACGACUACCGUGACAUGGGCUCGUCUCGCAACGUCGUCUUUGCUGAUCCCGAAGGAUCGCUGACCGGUCGUCGCUCGCACAGAUCCCACUCGAACUACAGCGGCAGCCGCCGCGGUGACGAGAGAUACCACGAGUCGCCUCCACGAAUGGAUGGCUACGGGUCUUCCUACGUCGAGGUAGACCCAUACCUUGACCCCCACACCGGA